UUCCUGCGACGGCGAGCGACGGGAGGAGGCAGGCGUUCUUCGGUCAGCGCCGGCGGAGGAGGCGGGGACGCGGUGAGCAGGUUCGGCAGCUUCUAGUUCUGAAUCCGGUACCUUAAGGGUCGCCCGAACUUGCGACGUGCGGGAGUCGGCGGCCUUUGCGGGGAGGUGGCGAAGAUUUCCUUCAUGGAGAGAGUAUCAUAGUAUGAUCAUGAAGUUUCUGUUUCAAGAAGUUUCUUCUGGAAUUAAAAUGUAUUUUAGAUGGCAGAAUCAAGAUAAUUGGUUUGAUAUAUAAAAAAAAAGGUGGUGCUUAUUUUUAGUAAAUAACCAUGACAACUUCCCAUAUGAAUGGGCAUGUUACAGAUGAAUCAGACAUUGAAAUAAAGAAUGUUGAUCUGACACCUCAAGAAGAACCUCAGAAACAUCGAGAGAUGGCGGUUGAUUGUCCUGGAGAUUUGGGAACAAGAAUGAUGCCAGUACGUCGAAGUACCCAGCUUGAGCGAAUUCGUCAACAACAGGAGGAUAUGAGGCGUAGGAGAGAGGAAGAAGGAAAAAAACAAGAACUAGACCUUAAUUCUUCCAUGAGACUUAAGAAACUAGCACAAAUUCCUCCUAAAAUUGGAAUAGAUAAUCCUAUAUUUGAUACUGAGGAAGGAGUUGUCUUAGAGAGUCCUCAUUAUGCUGUGAAGGUACUAGAAGUGGAAGAUCUGUUCUCUUCACUCAAGCAUAUUCAACAUACUUUGGUUGAUUCCCAAAGUCAGGAUGACAUUGCUCUGCUUUUACAACUUGUUCAAAAUACUGAUUUCCAGAAUGCUUUUAAGAUACACAAUGCUGUCACAGUACAUAUGAAUAAAGCCAGCCCUCCAUUUCCUCUUAUUUCCAAUGCACAAGACCUUGCACAGGAGGUACAAGCUGUUUUGAAACCAAGCCAUCAGAAAGAAGGACAGGAGUUAAAUGCUUUGCUAAAUGCUCCUCAUAUUCAGGCACUCUUACUGGCUCAUGAUAAGGUUGCUGAGCAGGAAAUGCAGCCAGAGUCCAUCACAGAUGAGAGAGUUUAUGAGAGCAUUGGCCAGUAUGGAGGGGAAACUGUAAAAAUAGUUCGUAUUGAAAAGGCUCGAGAUAUUCCAUUAGGCGCGACAGUUCGUAAUGAAAUGGAUUCUGUCAUCAUUAGUCGGAUAGUAAAAGGAGGAGCUGCAGAAAAAAGUGGACUAUUACAUGAAGGAGAUGAAGUUUUGGAGAUUAAUGGCAUUGAAAUUAGGGGGAAGGAUGUCAAUGAGGUUUUUGACUUACUGUCUGAUAUGCAUGGCACACUCACAUUUGUGCUGAUUCCUAACCAGCAGAACAAGCCCCCUCCUGCCAAAGAAACAGUAAUCCAUGUUAAAGCUCAUUUUGACUAUGAUCCUUCUGAUGACCCUUAUGUUCCUUGUCGAGAAUUAGGUCUGUCUUUUCAAAAAGGAGAUAUACUUCAUAUCAUCAGUCAGGAAGAUCCUAACUGGUGGCAGGCCUAUCGAGAAGGAGAUGAAGAUAAUCAACCUCUGGCAGGACUCGUUCCAGGGAAAAGCUUUCAGCAACAAAGAGAAGCCAUGAAGCAAACCAUAGAAGAAGACAAGGAACCAGAAAAAUCAGGAAAACUAUGGUGUGCUAAGAAGAAUAAGAAGAAAAGAAAAAAAGUUUUGUAUAAUGCCAAUAAAAAUGAUGAUUAUGACAAUGAGGAGAUACUAACUUAUGAGGAAAUGUCACUCUAUCACCAGCCAGCAAAUAGGAAAAGGCCUAUCAUCUUGAUUGGCCCACAAAACUGUGGCCAGAAUGAACUUCGUCAGAGGCUUAUGAAUAAUGAAGCAGAUAGAUUUGCAGCUGCAGUUCCUCAUACAACUCGGAGUAGAAGAGACAAUGAAGUAGCUGGCAGAGAUUACCACUUCGUUUCACGACAAGCUUUUGAGGCAGAUGUAGCUACUGGAAAGUUUAUUGAACAUGGUGAAUUUGAGAAAAAUUUGUAUGGUACCAGUAUAGAUUCUGUGAGACAAGUAAUCAAUUCAGGAAAGAUAUGCCUUUUAAAUCUUCGUACACAGUCAUUGAAGAGCCUUCGGAAUUCAGACUUGAAGCCAUAUAUCAUCUUCAUUGCACCUCCUUCACAAGAAAGGCUUCGUGCAUUAUUGGCCAAAGAGGGAAAAAAUCCAAAGCCGGAAGAAUUGAGAGACAUCAUUGAGAAGACUAGAGAGAUGGAACAGAACAAUGGCCACUACUUUGACACUGCAAUUGUGAAUUCAGAUCUUGAUAAGGCUUAUCAGGAAUUACUUAGAUUAAUUAACAAACUUGAUACAGAACCUCAGUGGGUACCAUCCACCUGGCUACGAUGAGAAAAAAAAAAUCCUUCAUUCCAUAGCAUGAUUGUACUUUUCUUUGGCAAAUUGCCAACAAGGAAAAUCGCCUCCAUACUUCAAUGAGACUUGAGUAUUAGGUGGCCAACAGUAUCUUUAUACCUCUGUUUUUAUAUCACUUGUGUUAAUAUGAUUGGGAGGUGUUCUGGCUGUUUGUAAACAGUUUUUCACCUAUAUUGUUCUAAGGAUUCCUUACUCAGUUUUGGAUUAUAAACGUUAAGCAUCAAACAAAGCAAUCCCAUUUUAAUCACGAAAAUCUUUGAAUCCUGUUUUUACUUACUGAAUAUUUUCUAUCCAGUCACAUUUCCAUAAAAUGUAGUAUAUGUGCAUACAUGUGUGUGUGUAUAUUAGAUACAAUCCAUGUCACAGAGUUAUAAAUACUGAUGUUAUUUAACACUUAAGAAUUUGCCUUAUGGAGUCUUUGGUCUUUUCAGAAUAUGCCUCUCAACUACAGAGCAGGAUAUCAUUUGUGCCCCCUCUCCCCCCAAAAUUCGUUUUAAUCUUCAAAAGUGUUAUGUUUUAAAAAAUAUAUAUAUAUAAAUAUAUAUAUAUAUACACACACUGACUUAAUUUUAUUUUUUUAAAUAAAAAGAUAUGCUACUUUGGUCUGGUUCAACCCUGUUAGGCUUGAAUUCAUUCUUAAGCGUAUUAUAUUUUAUCAUAAACUAAAUUCCAAUUGGACAGCACUGUAAUCUGGCUAAUAUUUAUAAUGUAAAUAUUUCAAAUUUCCGUCUUUUCAGAACAAACUUAUACAUUAAACUUCACAUUCAACAACCUUGGGUCCAGUGAAAGAUACCCUAUGGUUAGUCUUUUUAAGUAUGAGUAUUUUAUGCACCUCUCUUUUCCCUUAAAAUUAUAAAUCAACUGAUUUGAGAACUUCUUUCUCUGAUCUAUAUAUAGUACAACAGAAAAAAUAAGUUACAUUAUUAUGGAAGAUGUUCAAAUGAAAUGUGAUUUUAAAAAAUUAACAAAAUGGGUGGUCUCCAUAAUGCUUAAGUAACUUUUUUUUUUUUUUUUUUAAUGAGGAUACUGAGUACUAGAUAAUGUUUUAUAUUUUAAUAUGAGCAUAGCAUUUCUUGUGACUGUAAUGGGUAAUAAACUGGAAUUCUGAUUGCUCAAUAUAGCUGCUAUACUAUAAGUUAAUAUUUAAUAGAUCAAUGAUUUUCAUUCACUUACUCAAUUAUUGGAGUAAAAUUAGAUAAAUUCUGGUGAAAUACUGUAAAAGUUGACUUUGAGAUCAGAAGGAAUGGAAGACCUGAAAGUCAUUUGAUAGCACUUUAGGAAAAUGGCAUUGGAAUAGUUAUUACAUGUAUAGAAAUAUGAACUGUGUCCUAGCAGGGUCUGCUUCUUAAGACCAAAAUGCUAUAUCUGGAGUUGGUAUGAUUUAAACUUGCUCUGUAGCUGUCCAUCUUUACAAUACUACUAUUGUCACAGAAAGGUGGUUUUUAUUCUCUUCAUCCUUUAAAAGGUAAUAUGUCAUUCAAGUGAAGUAGUAAAGGAGAGAGGGGACAAAACAUAAAAUGUGAAUGUUAAUUUUCUUUUUUAGUAACUUUAAUUGCAAUAUUUCCUCAUUUGUUCCCCAAACUGAACACUGGAAUGAAGUUGACUUAUAGCUUAAUUUAACAUAAGCUGUUAAAGAUUUUAAUGUUUUGUCACAUUGUCUUGUGUAUACACUCAGUUUUUCUAUUGCCAUACAUUAUCUGUAAUAGAAAACACUAGGUAGUCUACAUUGCUUUAUUUUUUGUUGUUGUUCAAAUUUGAAGAGUCCCUAAGUUGACUGGAAAGGUAUAGUGCAUGAAAAUAAUUUCUAAAAUAUUUUUCCUUAGUAUGAAAUUAACAUUUUUCUUGUUAAGGGAAGUGAUAAAGUCUUUUUCUCAUCAUGUCUGAGACACUCCAGAUGAGACAUCUUGCCUAUGGAGUGGGAAUGACAAAGGAAGCACUCGUUGAAUUUGAGGGUACAUAUUAAAAAUUUUUUGCUUUGCACUUAGCUUUCCAAAUCUCUACAAUUUUUAACUUGUUCUCAGGAAUAAAAGGUAGAGAUUUCUGUGGUCUGCUUUAAUAUGACAACUCUUUGUUAAGCCUACAGUAUAACAUUUUGAUAGCUGAAUUCCUACCAUGCAUUUAAGUGAGAUUCUGGUGCUGUGCAACUUCAUUCAUCGUGUGUAGAGGAAACCUCUGUUAUUGCAGCUGUACUGCAGCUGAAUGAAAAGAAUCUUUGCAUAAAGGCUACCCCUGUCUUCUACCUUCCCUAGGGAUUCCUAAUCCAUUUUUGGAUUACAAAUGUUAAGCAAAAGCAAAGCAGUCCCAUUUUAAUAAUGAAAAUCUUUGAAUCAGGUUUUUACUGAAUAACUACUACACCAACUCAGCUAUACUUUAGAAAUACCUGACAAAACAUUUCUGUCUCCCUAAAGUCCUCAUCUUUCCAUCUCCUUGAUUCUUCCUCUCAUCUUAUGCUACUGGUAGUGGUUGGUGAACAUGGAAGGUGUAUUCAUCCCCAGAUGCUUUCUCAAUCCAUUUCUUAAUUUGUUUCCAGUACACAAAGGAUGUGAAAAUUGUUGAUAAAACAUUUGGUGUUGAUUUUCUCAUUCUCCUUAGGCAAUUUAUGAGAGAGAAUUCACACUACACACCAGAAUAGAAUGCACAUUUCAUUAUACAUUUACCUGUCCAAACUUCAUUUCUACUCUUCUUUAUGUUGUAGUUCUGAUUUGAAUUCCCUUAUCUGGGAGUUGAGAACCCUCUAUUUUUUAAAGAGAAAAAUGGAUCCCAGUUAUAUACAUUAUUGUAAUAAACAUUUCCUAUACAGAAUUUUUAAUAGGUAAUAACUAAUCUCAAACUGAAAAAGGAGGGAAACUUUUGAUAUUCUAAUCAAUCCAGGUUUGCUUUCCAUGAAAAUUUAAUACCUGGAUUUCUUCUUUCUCUCCCUAAUGAUAGCAUUAACAAGUAUUAAUAUGAAUGUAACUUUUCAAAAUAUGAACCCCAGGGAAUUAGCCUUAACAAAGGUAAUUUUCCAGAGACCUGUGGUUAACCCCUGCUUUCUAUUUUCUACCUUGUAUCUGCACUGUGUAUUUUAUGAAAUGUCAUAAAUUGCACAACACUAUAAUGUAAAAAAAAUGUAAAAUUAUAUUUCUAGAUUUCAAAUUAAAAAAUCA